AUGCCAUUUAUUGGACGAGAUUGGCGUGCUGAUGGCGAACAAUGGACGAAAACUGAUAUUGGCUCAUGGGAACGACCACGACAACUAUCAACAUCGAGUUCCUUACUAAACGUCAACUCAAGCUUAUCCGACGUAUUCAACGCACUUGAAAUUGCUAAUUCAGUUAAUAAUAUUCGACGUUUUAAUUACAUUGCAAAAGUUGUCCAAAUCUUAUUCAAAGACAAGCUAGGCGAAUUAAGUGGUAAUGCUCAACGUUCUCUAUUUCAAGUGAUUGGUCGAAUGAUCGAUAUGGUACUGAAAACUGGCGAUAAUAUUUCAUUAAUGCAACGAAUCGUCACACAAUUUCAUAAUUCUAUUCAUUCCGCGUAUCCAUUUUAUUAUUAUAUUGGUUCAGCUCCAUUGUGGCAACGACACAUUGAAAUGUUAACACGAAUGCAAGAAACAAUAAAACAAGUUCAAACAAAUAUGAUAAAAACAGAUGAAGAUACUAGUAAAUUAACAUUCGAUUCACUUCCCGUGGAAAUGCAACGCGAAGUCAUACGACGUUUAGAUAACGGUACAGAUAUUAUCAAUGUUGGAAUGAUCAAUUCCAAUAUUUAUCGAGUUUCUCAGGAACUGCUGAUUUGGCGUCAGCUAUGUCUUUAUCAUUUCGGUGGUGAUGCACAGAAUAGUAAUAAUUCGAAAUUAGGAGAGAAUAUCCUUGGCUUAAUGCGAAGACAACAGGAUGAUGUUGAUACUAAUGAUAUCGAUUGGAAAAGCGCUUAUUUCAAACUAAAACGACAAUAUGGUCUUCGAGAAGUCUAUGCGGAAAUGAUUCAUCAAUGUCAAUUAUGUAAAUGUCUCUUUUGGCAGGAUACCGGUCAUUCAUGUCCAUAUGAAACUCUAACAUCUUCGUCAAUUCCAAUAACACCAAGAAAACUUGUCACAAUGUUAGUGUGA